AGGCGGCAGGAGGAUAUGGGACACGUCCUGUCAUUCACACAUUGCAAGGAUGCACCAUCAACAGCAUCUAGUACACCAGACUCCUGCCCCCCCAAUGGUGAUGCUGAUGAACUCACGGUGACCCCGGUUGAACUCUGGCCCACUCCCACCCCUCAGGAGCCAACAUUUUCUUACAUCACAAUAGGGGGUUAUACCCCCUUGACUCGUCCCCCAGUGAGACCUCGGAGAGGUUGUGGCCAGAGAAGAGGAUCUCUCAAAAGGAAGGGGUCAGAGAUGGAGGAGGAUCAGGUCUCCUUUGUCCUAUUGGAGGAGGCUUGCAAAGCGGUACAAGCCCUGCCCAUGAGGAGCCAUGAAGAAGAAGAAGAGGAGGAGGAAGAGUUUGUGGAGCAGCUCCACCCUCGAAUAGUUGAUUCCAGGGCAGCUGUAGGACUCAGAGUUUAUGCCAUGACAGAUGAAGACUCCUGGCAGUGGUCUUUGAAAGACAGGGCAAAUGGAGCCAACCCCUUCCAGCAGUACCUGGACACUGACAUCACACCCACCACUAAGCAGAUGGAAGCACUGACCGCUCGUAUCCUCUCCCUCUGCUGCUCCGCACUGGUCACGUUACGUGCGCUCUUCUUUGUGCAGGAUUUGAAGGAGUCACUUAAGUUCCUGCUCCUCCUCUACCUCCUCACGUACGUUGGUGCAGUAUUGAAUGGGAUCACACUAUUACUGCUGGUUGUUAUUGGAAGUUUUACAUUUCCCAUCCUCUACAAACAGCAUCAGGUGAAGGUGGAUCAUUAUGUCUCUUUGGUCACCAAGCAGCUGAGAGCGAUACGGGCCAAAAUAAGGGCCAACAUCAGAAGACCUCCGGGAAAACAAAGUUAGUUAAUCCGAAGGUAUCAAAGGCCUUACCACGAUGUUAAGCACCUCGGUUUUUACCUACUAAAUGAACUAUAAUAUGGCAGAAAUGUUAACCCCAUGUGAUACAAUGAAACACCCCCAGCCCAGAAUCUUCAGUAUUUACAUUCAUUUAAUCAUUUAUAUUUAUUAAUAACAAUGUCACAACCAUUUACUCCCCAUUUUUUCUGAUACUAUUCAUAAUAAUAAAACAACUUUUUUAUUUCCA